CCCAGGGACCAGCCGGGAUACAAACGCCCCCUCGGCGCCCAGCCCGCAGACCCCGAGUCCGGCCGCGGCCGCCAUGCAGCUGCUGCUCGGUGCCCUGCUCUGCCUGCUGCUGGCCCCGGGGGCCGUGCCGGGGGGCCAGGCCGAGGCGCCCGCCUCCCGGCCCUACAACCAGGUCAUCAUGGCCCCCAACGGGGCCCCGCGGGGGGCGUGGGGGCCCGUGGAGAUGUGCCCCCCGGCCAGCUACGUCAACGGCUUCGCCUUGAAGGUGCACCCCUACCAGGGCGACGGGCCGGGGGAGGACGACACGGGGCUGAACGGGAUCCGUCUGCACUGCUCCGACGGCUCCACCAUCCAGUCCAGCGUGGGAGCCUGGGGCAGGUGGCUGGGCGCCCGGUACUGCCCCCGGGGCUACCUUCGGGCCUUCUCGCUGGGGGUGCAGCCGCGGCCGGACGCCGGGGACGACGUGGCCGCCACCGGCCUGCGCGUGGCCUGCUCCGACGGGGAGCUGCUGGCCGGGGACGCCGGGGACGCCGGGGGCCAGGAGGGGCCCUGGAGCCGUCCCUGCCUCUCCGGCUCCGUCUGCGGCCUCCAGACCCGGGUGGAGGAGCCCCGGGGCCAGCGGGGUGACAACACGGCCCUCAACGACGCCCGCUUCUUCUGCUGCCCCCCCUAGGGCCCCCCGGGGGGCGCCCGCCCAUUAAACCUGCCU